GGGAGGCGGAGCGAAGUACGGAUGCCGAGGAGGGGGUCGCGCUUUCCAGUCACUCACGAAGCCGGGUGGUUCUUCUGCGCAUGUGGGGCCGCCGCUGCUGCUGUUUUCUGUCUGAAGGUGGGAAAGGCGAGGCGGGAGGACGGAGCGACCCACCAACCUCGCGCUGCCCCUCUCCCUGCGCCCCAGCCAUGGCCGGCUACGAGUACGUGAGCGCCGAGCAGUUGGCCGGCUUCGACAAGUACAAGUACAGUGCCGUGGACAGCAACCCCCUCUCCCUGUAUGUCAUGCACCCAUUUUGGAAUACAGUGGUUAAGAUUUUCCCUACGUGGCUGGCCCCAAAUUUGAUAACGUUUAGUGGCUUCCUGCUGCUUGUCUUCAACUUCUUCCUCAUGGCAUACUUUGAUCCUGACUUUUAUGCAUCUGCACCUGAUCACGUGCAUGUCCCAAACAAACUGUGGGUCAUAGUGGGCCUUCUCAAUUUCAUCGCUUACACGCUAGAUGGCGUGGAUGGGAAGCAGGCUCGCCGGACCAAGUCCAGCACCCCACUUGGCGAGCUCUUUGACCACGGCCUGGACAGCUGGGCUUGCAUGUUCUUCGUGGUGACGGUUUACUCUACCUUUGGCCGGGGAUCGAAUGGUGUCAGCGUCUUUGUCCUCUACCUGCUCCUGUGGGUGGUUUUGUUCUCGUUUAUCCUCUCCCACUGGGAGAAAUACAACACAGGGAUUCUCUUCCUGCCAUGGGGAUAUGACAUCAGCCAGGUGACAAUUUCCAUAGUGUACAUAGUGACCUCGAUUGUGGGAGUGGAGGCCUGGUACAAACCUUUCCUGUUUAAUAUCUUAUAUAGAGACCUAUUCACUGCAAUGAUUAUUGGUUGUGCACUCACUGUGACCCUUCCCAUGAGCCUGCAUAAUUACUACAAAGCUUACUCAAACAAAACGUUGAAGCAUGACUCCUUUUACGAGGCGAUGCUGCCUUUUCUCUCACCAGUGCUGCUCUUCAUCUUGUGCACCAUCUGGAUCUUCCAGUCGCCAUCCGACAUCCUAGAGGCCCAUCCUCGCCUCUUUUACUUCAUGGUCGGGACAGCGUUUGCUAAUAUUUCGUGCCGGCUGAUCGUCUGCCAGAUGAGCAGCACCCGAUGCCAGCCUCUCAACUGGAUGCUGCUGCCGCUCGCCCUGGUCAUCCUGAUCAUCAUGUCCGGGCUAGUCCCGCAAUACGAAACCCUCCUCCUCUGCUUGCUCACUGUCAUCAUCACCCUGGCGCACAUCCACUAUGGAGUCAGCGUGGUGAACCAGCUCAGCAAGCAUUUCAAUAUCCGGCCCUUCUCUUUACGGAAGCCCAACUCCGAUUGACUAGACUUGGAGGAGGCGGUAGAAGAGGAGAAAGUCAGCCUGCAGUCUGCAGAGGUGCUGUAAAUUCAGCCGCCUGUGUAAAUAUACUUCAGCCAUCACCAUGGAACUAAAAUUGACCCAGUUUGGAGGGUCAUGGGGAGGGGGCAGAGAACUCAAGAGAGACUGGCAGUAGAGACUGUUCUUUCCCUGUCCCCUCCAUCAUGCCACAUGAGGGGGAAGAAGUGUCACAGUCAUGAGUCUGCGUUAGACCAGCAGAAUGCACCCCAGGCAGCCUGAAGCCCAGACAUGAAGGCAGUGCCACUCGGAAGCCUUGAGACAUCUCAAAACAAAAACCAGGCAUUAACAGUGGCUCGGGAGCCACAGAACAUCCAUGAGCUGCACUGAAGAUGUGGCUUUUUGUCAUCCAAGAAUGAAGAGGUGGACUUCUGCACAGGUUCAGUGAUGCCAAGGGGCUUUUGUAGAAGAGGCUUGAUGAAAGUCAUUUGGUUGAAGCGUAACCAACAUGCAGAAUGCUCCUCUCUCUCCACACACACACCAUUCUCCCCUCCACCUACUGCCAUUGUGGCCCUGCAGAUACUGAUGCUGCAGAAUCUUGUAAACUCAAAUAUGUCUGGAAGGGUUGUUGUUCCACCAAUUGCGAGUAGUCACACUUGGAGCACGAGGUACUUUGGUGAAGUAGUCAGAUUCUCCUACGUUAUGUUUACUGAAAGGUUUUUGUUUUGUUUUCUGGUGUAUGCCGUUAACUUUCUUGUGAUAAUCUGUGCACUCGCAUCUACAAUAUUGUGGAACUGGGAGGCUCUUUUGGCAGGCAUAUUAAGUAUAUGUACACAAACCUUCCUAGUACUGUAUUGUUCUAGUUGGGGAGAGGAGGUGAUUAAUUUGCAUUCUCUUUUCUUGGAGGAGGGAUGGGGGGAAAUGCAAAAGAGAAACUAAUUUCAGAACCCAUCUUUAGUAGACCCCUCUAACCACAUGGCUUUUUUCUGUUUCUCCAACUGGCAAUAUUGUUUUCAACCAUUUCUUAAUCCUAGUUAAAAUUGAAACGAUGGUGAAAAUUCAAGUGCUGAUUUUUUUCUCUUCUAUUGCUUUAUUUAAUGAAGAAUACUUAUUUUUUAAAAAUUGUGCUUGUAUGAAGAGUGCAGCCUAAACCCAAGUUUCUUGGAAAGGCCGCACCCGGAAGAAACAGAGCGCAGCAAAGGAUGUUCAUAUGUAAUUUACAGCAGGGUAAAAGUUUCAUGUUAUGAAACGAAAAGGAGAAUCCAUCUUGGAAUAUCCUUCUUAGGGGUGAGAUGUAUUUCUAUAGGGGGGAAAAACCAAUUCAAUUGUGAAAUUACUAUUUAACUUCUUUUUUUUAAAACUUGAAUCAUUAUGUCAAGCAAGAUGUAAGCAAUGUAAAAUUCAGGAACCGGUUCUUAACUCACUUUUCUUUUUUCUGUAUAUAGAUUUUUUUUAAAUUAAGUUUGACUAUAAAUUCUGUUUGUAAUGUUUAAUGUGCAAGAGAAGAGCAGAUUCUGAUAAUUACUGGUACAUUUUGCAAAAGGAGUAAGGGAGGAAAAAGAGGCAUGGAUGAUGAAACAAAUUCUGAUUUUGCUUGUCUAGUGAAUGUUGAACAGAUGUGAGAAAGGGGAUUUUCGUACCCUUUUUCAUUAGAUGACUUUGCACAGGAAAAGCAGUGUACAGACAGAAUUAAGAUGUGCUUGAGCAACUAAUGGCUGUAUCAGGCGGAAUCAAAUACAGUAAUGGGUUGUAAAUUGCACCUUGAAAAAAAUGUAGAGCAAGGUUAAAGUCUUACAGAGCCAUACUGCCCAGCUCUGAAAGCUGCUGAUUCAGGGCAGGAGCAAGGCUUUUGUGUGUGCGUGUGUGCAUGUGUGUUGAAUCACUGCAGGAAUGCUCAGUCCCCCUUCUCUUUCUUUUGAAGCAGGGCUUGUCUAACUGGGGGUUCUAUGGCAGUGUGGUGGAGGCUGCUGCCUUGUACAAAGACUGACUUUUCACAGAGGGCAAAGGUUUUAAUAGGGGGGAGUAUAUCACCUGCAUGCAAAACCCUGGCUUGAUGAUAUUGUGCAGUAAAUCAUUCCUUCAGUAACUUCCUGAAAGCAUAGUCAUUAUUACCCAGGCUCAGUUGCACAUGCGCAUAAAUGCGCCAGGACAAACUUCCGCUUGACAAUGUUUCUGUGUUUAAGUUAACUGGCUUAUUCCAAGGCACAGCUCUUGUCUGUAUCCUUCUGUCUGAGUCCCUGGUUCUACUUUUCUAUCUGUCUGAGCUUCUCAAUAAUAAGGAAAUUGGUGCCUUACGUGACUUGCCUCAAGCUGAAGAAAGAAGUCAGCUGUCUUAAAAAAAAAAAAAUUAACUUGCUGUCCAAGCUAAAGGUGAAAGGAUAGUAUCUUCUAGUAUGAAAAUAGGGAGAAUGAAUUUAAUUUGUGCUGGUUGUCUUAAUUGUAGUAAUAUUGAAAGCAUUAUUGCAGAUUUAAUGAGAAUCAAAUGCACCAAUUUUUUUCUCUAAGUGUUUGUAGCACCUCUGUGAGUGUGUGUGUGUUGUAAGUAUUCUUAAAAUAAAGGUAUUGUGUACUGCAGUGGGGGGGGGGCUGUGCAUUCUGCCACUCUCUCCCCUGCAUCCAGAGGAAUUUGCAAAAGUCCAAAAGAUGUUCCAAGCCUCCUUUGCUCUUCUGGAUUCCUUCUGUCAGUAACUGGCAUUUUUCUCUGCCAGUGGGGCAGGGGCAGUCAUUUUGCUCAACCUGGUGUUCUUUUUCCUCGCCAUUUGCAACAACUGCUCCAUCGUGCAGCUUUGCUUUUUGUGGCUUCACUCCCUGCUCCCUCAAGAGCUGCUUUGAUUUCUCAAGGCCUGCAGGCCUUCAAGAAACUGGUCUCCGGGCAGAGACCUGCUGCAGGGCAGAUGCCACAUCCGCAUCCUGCAGGAUCCAUACUGUGGAGGCAGAACUGGGGCCAGGAAUGCACUCCAGUGAAGCUUGCACAGGUGCUAAACAAAUCCUGGAAGAUGAGAGAGAAACCUGGCUGAGUCCAGGAAGUUUCUGUAGAAUCAAUUUCAACUUCUGCCAUGAAGGUAAGAGUAAAACAGAUUGGAACUGGAUAAGGAAUGACUAGCAAAACUUAGUCAGCUGGUCUACAAACCUGGUUGCUUCUAAGUUGGCACCAACUUUGAGGGGUGUACUCAUUUGGGAGUGGACCCGAAUAAUUUGGGCUGAUCUCAUGAGGACUUGCUGGCUAUUUCUGGACUGGAUCUCAUAGCAGAGUGCUGGGCAACGCUAACAGUAAAGUGCUGGCUUAUUCCAGUAAUGUGGAUUGGGCAUUGUGAGUAUAUGCAAGUCAGUUUGAAAGUACCCUUUGCAAAGCGAUCCAAAGGUAUAGAGUUGUAUGAUGGUGAUUUGAGAGAGGUCUUACUCUUAUAGGUUAGUUUCUACUGCACCUUUCCCUAGGUUUAGCACCAGCUUCUCUACCUAUUGUUCUGGGACUGGAGGCAUGUUCUCUACAGGAGGCCCAUCUGGAAAUGCAGGCAUUUCAGGCUUUGGCUCUGCCUCUAUAGCAGAAGGUUACAUUAGGCCUUCCUCUAAAGCUGUAUAUAUAAUGAGAAAGAGGCUCUCCAUCCUCUAGCAGGGGCAACAGAUGUUGCCUCUUCAGACAUGGGAGAGUUGCCAGGCCAAAAAGGGUUCAUUGCUGAUAUUUCAUAGCUGGAAAGAGAGCAGGAAGUCCUUUUCUCUGCACAGGACAGGGACCUUACCUUGCUUGCAUUCAGAGUAAGCCCCUUCAGGAAGCAGGUGCCAGCUCUCUCACAAAUGAAUUACUCAUAAAUUCUGGAUUUUUUUUGUUUUUGUGGGAGAGGGUCUUUCCUUGAUCUUGGGUUUUUCAAAAAGAUUAUUUGCAGAUUGUUGCCUGAAAGAUGGACCCAUUCUCCAACUGAGAAUACUUGGAAAAGCCAAAUCUGGCACAUGUCUCUCUUCUCUUCUCCCCCCCCCCCCUCCUUCCCUUGGUGGAAAUGUAAAAACUGAGUCCCAUUUUGGAAUUUGUCCUUUCAAGCAGUGGCUUGGUCUUUGGUACUCUCUGCCUGGAAGAACUUACCACAGUUCUAAGGCAAAUAAUUCUCUGAUUUUGCAAUGGGUUCAGUCCACCAGGCUUUGACCAGGACUGGCUGAAUCAAUGUAAACUGAUUGUACAGAUUAUUAUUAGGGGAAGAAAAUUGCUAUAGGAAGUGAACACUGUCACAGUGUGUGGUGGGGGUGUCUCCCGGCCCUCCAUACUUUGUCAGGAGUCAUACCUGUCUUAUACAUGCAUUAUUGGGAGGUUCCACUGUCUUACAAUGGAUUUGAAUUCUGAUCUAUGAAAUGCUAUUACUGGUAAAUAUUUAUUGUAUUAAAAAAACUUACUAUGAAAAUAAACUACAAUAAAAAAUUUUCCAAGCUUUUUAAAUAUC